CAGUCAAAUCAUUUUCCAUUUUCCAGACAGUUGAAUUUCACCCCUUCCGACUUCUCAUCUCCCGGCCCUUGGCAAAGCGAUGUCCACCCCAAGGACGGCGAGGCUCCGGCCUUCCUCUCGCCGGCAGAGUGUGCCCUACCCUCUCCCGACUCCCUCGGCCGACAACAACCACGAUGGGGAGCACCACGAUCAGGCUCCGCCCUCCCGCGAUGGCAACCGCAAACCGCGGUUCGAGAGGGUCUUCAAAAAGAAGGACGAGAUCAUGCUCCUCAGGAGCUUCUUCGAGGCCACGGACAAGUCCGUCCCCUCCCCGGCCACGAAGAUCGACCCGACCACCUUGGAGAUAUUGGGCGAGUCCCUCGGCUCCAAGUUCACCCACACCCAGCUGUCGAACAAGCUCCGGCACAUGAGGGACAAGUACCGUAAGCAAUCCCUCGGAAAAUCCUCCAUCAAGACCCCUCGCGACCGCCAGAUCUACGAGCUAUGCCGCAAGAUUUGGGGCAAGAACGAGGCAGAGCUCAUGGAGAUGGAGGAGCAGGAGGAGGCCCCAUUACAGCAGGAGGAGGUCCCAUCACAGCGUUUGUCCCAGUCCCAGUCCCAUGGAGAGAGUAAGCACAAGAUUGCAGCGGCAAUCAAAGAAAAGGGGAACGAGGAAGGUCGGGCUGAUCUCGGGAAAUUCCCGAUGUUAGUCGAGGAGUGCGACAAGGCCUUGGAGGGUAAUGGAGUGUGGAGACAAGUGCUCAAGUGUCUGGAGGAAGGGAAGCUCAGGGAGAUGAAUGACAAGUUGGUGAUGUUGAAGUAUGAGGAGGCUGGCCUGAUGGCUAAGAAGGCUGAGCUGGUUCAGGAGCUUACCAGGAUGAUUGUUGGGGCCAUGGCUGCUUCUUGCUCGUCUCCGAGAACUGCUGCUUGAUCUCGGGAAAAUCUGGUGGUUGGAGUGAUUAGAAAUAUGAUUUUAAACAUCUCAUUCUGCAGAAACUGAGUAGGAUGAAGGAGUUAGGAGGAUUUAUGUUUCUUUUGCUGUGUAGUUCAAUGACUCUAGUGGCAGUCUAGGACGGUUUAUGUUUCUUUUGCUGUGUUGUUCAAUGACUCUAGUGGCAUUCUAGGAGGGUUUAUGUUUCUUUUGCCGUGUAGUUCAAUGACUCUAGUGGCAGUCUAGGAGGGUUUAUGUUUCUUUUGCUGUGUUGUUCAAUGACUCUAGUGGCUGGAUCAACCGGACAUUUUGUAAGAAACUCGUGGCAUUCUCAGUAAAUGAAAGUUGGUUUGAAGGUUUCCAUGAACA